AUGAAACGAAAGGUUCUGCCUAUGUUUUCAAAAAAGGCAAUGCAAAAUCCCAUAGAAAGUGACUCAUCUUCUGCAGAUCAUCAUGACAUGACAGCUACUACAUCAACGUCUUCUACGAACUACAGCAACAUCAAAGAUUUCCCAACAGUAAAAAGCUCAUCAAGGUCAAUCAUAAACUGUCAAAGCUUAGCCACCUUCUCUCACCUAAAUAAUGUUGAAUUUAGUCCUUCAGAAUUCGAAAUUGCGCCUAUUAAAGAAAACAACCAAGAGACUUCUUAUGAAGAAGAAGACUCUUUGCUGCUAGAAUUAGCUGAGUUUCUCAGCAAUCCUAGCAAGCCUAAUAAUCAAUCUAAGCUUGCUAUUAGCAAACCUAAGAGGACUCUAACUUAUCAGGGUGAGAAAAAUAAAAAUUUUUAAUGGUAAAUAGAGCAUAUUAAGUAAAAAAAUUUUCGUUUCCUUUAUUUUCUUAUAUAUAUAAAUCAGUAAUAGGUAGGGAUAAUAAAAUCUUUUUUCUUCUUCUUAUAUAAAAAUCCUGCAAAAAAAAACUAUACUAAAUUCCUGGGGAUAGCGUAUUCCGCGCUAUCCCCCAGGAAUUUUUCUAUAAAUAAUUACUUUUGAGCUUUUAGAAAUAAUUCAUUGCUGUGAAGAAAAGUACUUUUAGGUUCUGUUACUUUUAAAACAGGAGUAGGCAAAAAACUUUCCCAACCGUCAAUCAGAAUCAAGAUCGACAGCAAUAACAUUAUGAGAACUGCUCGAAAACGGACGUCAAACAUCACAGACGACGACCUUGCACAGCUUUUAAAAAAGGACAACAAAUUUAGAAGGGGAUUUUUGCAAUAA